CCAGGGACAAGAAGGAAGGAAUCACGCAAGGCUGUCACAAWGCGCUACCCGAGUGCAUUGAUAGUGACAAAACAGAAUUGUCGCUACAAAACACACACACACUCAACCCGCACGGUGCGGUAUGUAGAUCWGUAUUACGCGGGAGUUGGUGCGCCACAACAUUGCCACGAUGUUCCGAGCAAGGCAUGCGGUGAUGCUUUGGGUUGGCUGUGCGUGUUGCUGUUGCAUCGUUCGACCUUGCGACGGAUUUGCGAUCGUGCGUGUUCCGGGGCGGGACCGCCGGCUGCCAUCGAACCCACGCCCCCCUUGGAUUGCUGUCUCGAGACCGGGGUCUUCCCGAAGCGAUUCGUGGAGCAGACAAAAGCUACAGCGCAUUCUUGCGGUCGAGACGGAUCUCGAAGAAAACGGCGUCAGGGGUGAGGAGAUAGAAGACGAGGAAUCCCUGGAGGAAGUCUCCAUUCUUUGUCCUCCGAACUGUUACGGCGRUGCCAACGAUGACGAGUCGGUACCCGAUGAACGGUAUCUCCCGGACGGCAUCGAAAGCGGCGGGGAGGAAGAAGACGACGAGAUGUUCCUCCGAUCGCUGCCUCCGUCCGGCGACCCCUUCCCCACCGCCGCCACCCUCGCCCCCGCCGAGAAUCUCCACGGACGGCUCUUGUGCGCCGCCGGGUGCGCGUACGAGAUCGAGGCUCCCUACGCGCAGGGCGCCGGGUUYGUAGCCGGCAGCAAGAUCACCCGGCUGUCGGUYGGCGUCAAUUCGUGCCUGGUGGGGCGCACAGAGGACGGCAUCGUCGUGGCCUUUCGGGGCACCCAGGCGGGAUCCCCCCUGGACUGGCUGCAGAACGCCGCCGUGGCGCUGCGCAGGGUGCCCCAGGGCUAUGCGCCUCGGGGGUCCCGUGUCCACGAGGGGUUCUACGGAGCCCUCCGCAACAAGCUGGGAAGGGCCGUGAGGGAGGUUCUACUGAGGCUGCUGCGGGAAGACGCGGAAGCAAGGGAGGACGGCAAGGGCAGCGAUGGAUCGSSACCGCCCCCACCGCCAAAGGUUUAUCUGACGGGCCAUUCCAAGGGCGGAUCGCUUGCUUCGCUGUUCGCACUCGUGAUGCACAACGACGAGGAGCUCCCCGAUCCCGAGGGGGUUGUCACGUUUGGGGCCGCACGUGUGGGCAACUCGGAAUUCGCAUCCCACUUCGACCGGCUCAUCGACCAAAGCACSUAYGAGAACRACCUGGACAUCAUUCCGUUCUUGCCACCGGGAGAAAACAGUAUGCAAGACAUGAUGGCUGCGAUGGAAGAUCCGGAAAAAAUGAUGGUUAUGAUGGAGGGGUAGGUACUUUUGGUGGUGCACGUGCAUGUUUCAGAACGAGUCGUUCGUCCGCAUCGACAUGGUACUGCAUGAAAGACAGCAAACAAAAAGCGAUAGAUCGAUUCUCUCUCUAACCCGUUGUAUUUUUCGAUCACCAUACAACCCAAUGUCUUUUUCGUCCGGCGCGGGAGCGCAGGAUCUUCUGGUCCGAGGAAGACCGCAAGCAGCUGAAGCACAAGAGCUGGGGAUGGAACGGCCGAAAGAACAAGCCCUAUGCGUUCUGGAGGUACCAUCCCAUUGGCAACCGCAAAUACAUUUCCCCCGACCGCACCGUGAUCGAGCCCGUGACCUCCGACCUCGACGCCUCGCGGAUCCGUGACCUCGAGCGCAAGACCCUGCUGCGGUUUUCCGAGUUCCGCAAGGCCCACUGUUCGGCCUGUCCCGACGACCUGAAAGGACAAGAGGGAACGUGCGACGGGGGAUAUUUUUCCGCCCUCGCUCCCGAGGUUUGCAGGGCGUGGCGUUCUAUCGAAAAAAAAGCWGAGACGGCGACUAAGGAGACGAAGACGAAGAAUGAUGCCCAAUAGCGACAGAUCAUAACUAGAAGUAUUAGCUUGCAGCAGCGGUUKCUUGUCCAAUUCAUCAUGCUUUACAAGCUACUACMAAUACUAGUACUUUUUCCUGUUUUGCAGGGAUUGGAUUAGUUCCARUAGCAAUACGAAGUUAACUUUUUCUGAAGURCACUUUCCUACSGUACGGUACAAWUUUUCCUCUUCUGUCCCAAAGAAAACUGCAAUCAUACG